AUGUUUAUUGGUGGCCUGAACUGGGAAACGACGGAUGAGAGCUUGAAGGCCUACUUUUCACAAUAUGGAGAGCUGACGGAUUGCAUGGUGAUGAAGGACCCGGUGACGAACAAAUCAAGAGGAUUUGGCUUCUUGACCUUUGUGGAUCCCAAGAACGUCGACGCUGUUUUGAAGGAAGACCACCAUUUGGACGGCAAGAUGAUCGAUCCCAAACGUGCGAUUCCUCGCGAGGAACAGGAAAAGACGGAGAAGAUCUUUGUCGGCGGAAUCGCUGCGGACGUGACAGAGGAGGAGUUUGCCAAUUAUUUUUCUCAGUUUGGACAUGUCCUCGACGCGACCUUGAUGCUCGAUCGGGCAACAGGACGUCCUCGAGGCUUCGGUUUUAUCACAUUUGAGUCCGAUCGGGGCGUGGAAGCUGCAUUGAGCAGACGUGAUCUCGCACUUCAUGAUAAGACGGUAAGUUAG